UUGGGAUCUUUCCAGAGACUAAGUCCCAACUGUAAAGACUUGGGGUAGUGCAGCGGAAGUUGAGGCAGUUGAACCCUUGUACUAGUAUGUGAGAACAAGUGAUAAUAAAAAGGCAAACAUACAGCAAUAUAUAGAAGAUAAGAAACAGUUGUAGACGUUGCUUCUCGCAAGUUGAACUUGCUCAGCAUUACUUCGUCUCGUGUUUACACUGUCGUCAUGGCGCAAUGAGCCCUCAAAUACGCAUUGCGACGCCAUUCGCUUUUCUAUAGGACCGACGCUGGAGAUAGGGUCUGGGUGCGGCCACGAAUUCACUGCAAAAUCCGUGUCAUGGCCAACAAUUCGAUCUCCGCGGCGAUGCGGACAGGCCAUUCCGUACCGCCCGUCACUCCGUCUCACCGCUCAAUCCAUUCCGCUCAACCCCGUCACGCGCUUAGUGGCGUGAAUUCUCGCCGUGACUCCUCAACAGGACACGGGGUCCCGCGUGUCACGCGUAUGGUCUCCUCUGCCAGCUGUCACUUUCCCAUUGGCGAGUCUGCUUUUGGCGGCACUGCGUCGAUAGCACUAGGGAAGCGCCGUGAAGUAGGCUGCUGUUUGCGUUUUAGAGUGCUCCGGUACAACACUGCUCCGAUAUUAAUAAGCUUACCAAACGAUUCGCUCUUCAUCAAGCGACGAGGUUAUUUGUCUGCAGGAGGGCCAGUAAAUAGCAGCAGAGGGCGUAGCCUUACCUGUUCCAUAGCGGCCAAGUUCGACGCUUUUAACGAAGACGAAAAUGCCACAAGCGGGGAUAGUCCAUUAUCGUCAGCUCCAUUACCAUCAUCAUUACAGUCAUCUCCUGAUUGGUCAACAGGUGCCGAUUCGGGUCUAGAUGACGUGUCGCCGGCAUGCCCAGUUCCGGAUUUCACGGCUCUGGGCGGCGAAAUUUGCCUUUUUCGGCCUCAGGAGCAGUCCGGGUACCCGACAGGUGCGGCUUCUGGGCGGCCGCUUUUGGUGUAUCUGCCGGGAAUGGACGGCACUGGGCAGUGCCUGCAGCCUCAGAUCCGAUCGCUCACACGUGCCGGCUUUGACAUCCGCUCCCUCUACAUCCCCACCACUGACCGCUCCACGUGGCGAGAGCUGGUUCGCCGAGUCACCCCACUGAUACAGCAGGCUGCGAGCGAAGGCGGGGAGGGGACUCGGGAAGUGACAGUGCUGGCGGAAUCAUUCGGGGCGUGUCUGGCUCUGCGCAUUGCAGCAGCCAACCCCACCCUCUUCCACCGCCUCGUGCUGAUCAACCCAGCUACAGCCUUCCCCAGCAACAACCCUCUCGUGAGCCUCUGUGUGGCCACCGGCCUCCUCGCCAUCUUCCCACCGCCCCUCUACGAGUUCGCUCAGGACGUGGCCCUGCCGCUGCUGGUGAAGCGCAGCAGAGUGCAACCGCCUGCAGCAGCAGCCAGCUCAGCAGCAGCAGGCGGGGGAGGGGGGAGCAAAGGAGGAGGGGGAGGAGCGUUGUCACUGCGGGUGCUGUCGCCGAUAGACUAUGUGCCAGCUGCAUGUGCGUCGUGGCGGCUGUCCCUCCUCAACGACCAGUCUGGGCUGUCCGAUGGGGUGCUCAAGUCAAUUCACACGCCCACUCUGCUGAUCGCCUCAUCCAAGGACAGAGUUUUGCCAGCGGUGCCAGAGACAGGCAGACUGCUAGCGCUGCUGCCCAACAGCAAGCGAGUCAUCCUUCCCUCCAGUGGCCACACGGUUCUACUAGAAGCUGACGUGGACAUUGCUGCCAUCAUUCAGACGCACGGCUUUGCUCCGACCAAUCCCGUGCCGCCACUCGGGCGCGUGGCGCCUUCAAACGUGUUUGAUUCACAGGGCUAUGUGGCAGCAGACGGAACAUCGGCAGCAUCGGCAGCAAACGUGUUUGAUUCACAGGGCUAUGUGGCAGCAUCGGCAGCAGGAGCAGCAUCAGCCAGAGAAGAAACACGUUUGCAAACUGGGAAAGGGGAGGUUCUGACAGCAGCAGCAGCAGCAGCAGCAGCAGCAGCAGCAAGAGCAGCAGCAGCAAGAGCAGCAGCAGCAAGAGCAGGUGCCGCGCCUUCCCCAGCGAGUGGAGGGGGAACGGAAUCUGAAGGGGAGGCACCAGGGCGAGGGCUGGAUGAGGCGGCUCAUUGGAGAGAGAGAGGCGGGGAGAGGAGGAGGAGAAGGAGGAGAAAGGGUCGUAAAGAGUUUAAGGGGAGAGAGUUGGAGAAGUUGUAUGAAGACAUUGGGCGAAGCCUGGAUCUGUGGAGGACGCUGGUGUCUCCGCUGGUAGUGGGGGAGGGCAACCUGCAGCGAGUGCAGCGAGAGCUCGCCCGUCAACCUGAUCGCAGUGUGCUGUUUGUGGGUAAUCAUACCAUCUAUGGCUUUUACGACACCCCACUGCUGCUCUACGAGCUGUACAUGCGAGGGUUCAAAUGUCGCUGCCUUGCGCAUCCCAGCUUCUGGCUGCAGCAGUCUCUAGGAGAGCUCUUGGAAAGCUUCGGCCAUGUCAAGCCUUCACCUCGUGCUCUUUAUAACCUUCUCAAAGAGGGAGGGCCCGUGCUGGUGUUCCCAGGAGGCUCCAGAGAAACAUGCCGGCUAAAGGGUGAGAAGUAUCAGCUGAUGUGGGGGGCGGAUGCGGGCAAGAGCAGCAGAAGCAGAAGAAGCAGUGAUCGUAGAGAGGGGGCGUCGCAGCAGACUGUGCAUGGGGACAGUGGACUCAUUCGCAUGGCAGCCAAGCUUGACACCAUCAUUGUGCCCUUCGCCAUGGUCGGGGCUGACGAUGCCUAUGACAUUGCCGCGGAUCGCAGUGACAUCCUCUCUUCCCCCAUCGGCCCGCCCGUUCGCGGCUUAUACGAGUCCCUUAACCUCAACCCGGCCACUGACGUCAGCCCCAUGACUGUUCUCCCCGGCACCAGCCUCCCCAGCCUAAUUCCCCUGCCGAGUCGUCUGGAGAGAGUGUACUUUUACUUCGGCACCCCCAUUGAUUUCAAGGAGCUGCCACCGUCGGCGAUCAAGGUGCAUGGUGCGGCAUGCAGUGGAGGAGGGCAUCGACCACCUCCUGGCAUUGAGGGAGACUGAUCCGGAGAGAGAUCUGCUUAGUCGCAUGAGCUCCAAGAUACAGCGGUUAUGGCCAGAGUUUUUGCGAAUUUGACGAGUGUUGAUGGGUAUGCAACAUAAUCUUGGCAUUGAAUUGAAUUAUGUAUGUGCAUGUGGGGCGUGUUCAAAUGGUUCAUCUUAAUCUUUGUUUUACAGCUCUUCGUUGAGGAAGAGUUGAUGGAUGGGCUCGCAUAUUUUUUGUCCGUUGCCCUUGUGUGCAUGCAUUAAAUUGAAUGGUUGCUUUAGCUUAUUAAUUGUACAGACUCUAACUAACUUCC